AUAUGUAAAAUGCUAUAUCAUUUCGUUUAGGGAUAAACAAUCGACCCACCUGUGCUUCAUUGUGCGAACGAUAAGAAUAAUAAAUCUCUUUUUGAUGUCUCAAUAUCUUAAUAUCUUUUAAUAUAUAUCGAUCGCAUUAUCAAAUCAGAAGUUAUGGCAGAUGAGAUGGCAUUCGAUAAGAUUGUAUAAAACAUGAAACAAACUGGCGAUAUAUUUAGUUAGGUUCUAUAAAUUCGAGAAAAUCGCAUACAAUUAUUUAUUUCGAGUUCAUAAUCCAUCCAAUAGUGAUCUCAUCGAAUAGCAACGAUGUUACUGUCAAUCUUUUUCUUUUCGAUUCUGAUGUCCGUCAGGGCAAUGCCGAAUCGUUUAAUAUUGAAUCAACAUGAUAUUUCGUUAAUAGACCAACAGAUAUCGACAAUCAAAAACUUCGAUCCGCUACUUCUCAAAGCACAUCCAGACGCGGACCUUACCACUCUGGAAUUGGUGAGCAAAUACGGCUACGAUGGUGAGCUGCAUAAAGUAACUACUUGCGAUGAUUACAUCUUAGAGUUGCAUCGGAUAACAGGAAGAACAAAUGCAGAAAGAACAAAUUCUAGCAACUCGCGAGCGCAAAAGCCUGUUGCUUUUCUUAUGCACGGUCUUUUGUGUAGUUCUGCUGGUUGGAUCCUUGUUGGUCCAGAAAAAGCUUUAGCGUACAUAUUGGCGGAUGCUGGCUAUGAUGUGUGGCUUGGAAAUGCGCGAGGCUCUAUGUAUUCACGUAAACAUAAAUCGUUAUCCGUAUUGGACAAAGAAUAUUGGAAUUUCAGUUUUCACGAGAUCGGCACGAUCGACCUUCCUGCGAUGAUAGAUUAUACUCUGAAGACCACCGGUCAGAAAAGACUAUUUUACUUAGGACACAGCCAGGGUACCACGACGUUCUUUGUGAUGGCUUCGCAGUUACCUGCAUACCAGAACAAGAUCGAGGCGAUGUUUGCCAUGGCUCCGGUCGCUUAUUUAGGAAGAAUGACGAGUCCAGUGCUGAACUUCUUAGCAAGGUUCACUGAUUCCUUGGAAAUCCUGAUGGAAUUAAUCGGUCUAUAUGAAUUCGAGCCUACUGGCAAAGGGAUGAAAAUAUUCCAAGAUCUUGUGUGCGCGGACGGCUCCAUUACGCAACCUUUGUGUUCGAAUUUGAUCUUCCUAAUUACUGGAUUCGACAAUGAUUUGUUUAACAGUACUCUUUUACCGAUAGUCUUGGGACAUCUUCCUGCUGGUGCAUCAACGAAGCAAAUGAUACAUUAUAUGCAACUUUUUAAUACAAGAUCAAUACUUAAUUUAUCGGGAAAGUUUAGACAGUACGAUUACGGAUGGGUAGAGAAUAGGAAAAAAUAUGGUUCGAUCAAUCCACCGCUUUAUGAUUUGAGCAAAAUUAGCGUCCCAGUGUCUUUGCAUUAUGGCAGCAACGAUUGGUUGGCGCACGUCAAGGACGUGGAUAAAUUAUACAAAGAACUUGGCAAUCCUUACGGCAAAUUUCGGGUACCACACGAUUCUUUUAAUCAUUUAGAUUUCAUGCUGGCUAAUAACGUAAAAACGCUUCUGUACGACAAGAUAUUGAGCAUAAUGGCACAAUUUAGGAAAUAAAGCGUCCAAUUAUUUAGUGAAACUUUAAAAAAAUUUUUGGAUGAAAAGAGACUACAACAGCGUCCCUCGAUAUUCUUCUUUUGACGCACCUUAGAUCACUGGCAAAGAAAUGGAUCGAAUGGGACUCGAUUCUUAUCACAGAUAAAAUUUUAUCGGAUUAACGAUUAUUCGUAUUUCUCUGCCACCGAAUUAACAUCAAAUUCUUCUCUACUUAUCUGUAUGCCCUAAUAGCGUAUUAUAUAAAGUAUUCUAUCAAAGAAACUCGCGAUAGUAUUUGUGACAAAUUAACAAUUACUCUUUCCACUUAUACAUCUAUGAAGAAAAUCAUUUAAUCAAUAAUAUAAUUAAAAUUUCACUUUCGAGUGAAUCUAAGUUUAACCAUAGUCGAUCAUGCAUAAGUAUUAUUUCAAUAUUGGUGCAAUCCGUCUCUCUAAUUGUCGCACUUUUCAAUUAUCAAGAAUAAUGUGAUAUAGUAAAUUAAAAAAAAUAUAAAAUAUUUUCUGAAAAAAAAUGUAAUAUGU